CCAGUUACGUAUCAAAUAUACAUUCGAGUAGCACCGUAAUACUAUCGGAUUUAAAUAUGAAAACUUAAGUUUUUUUUCUUACAAUAAAAAUAAUAAUCCUAAUAUGUUACAAUUAUAUAUAUAUGUAAUUAAUUGAAAUAUCAGAAUAAUCUAAUAAAACAUUUGUUUUAUAUAUACGACGUAUAUUAUCGACUCAACAUCCGGUGCAAUUAUGUGGUCUUCUUAUUUGUAACAAUAGUGUACUGUAUAAAUUUAUAUUUUAUAUUUAUACGAAAUUUUUUUUUUUUAUUUUAAAUAAAUAAUCACGAAUAGAAAAGUGAUCCGACCAAUCUGUGAUAUAAUCCUUUUUCUCUUCUUGACUUAUAAUGAAGUUUUUUAUGGAACCUCUUUUUUGUAAAUAUAUAACCUAAAAAUAAAUAUAAACAAUGAAAAAUGUUGCAAACAUUACGGGAACGUUCGCAAAAAAGGAAAAAACUACUUGCACAAACGCUUGGAGUUUCUAGUGUAGAUGAAUUAAGACAAAUUUUGGGUACCGACAUCGAUGACGUCCAGAAAAAAAAGGGAAAACUAUUAUCUGAAAAAUCGGAAAGCACUGUUAAAGAUUUAAAAGAUGAUACAGUGCCUACGGAUGAAAUUGUUUACAAGGAUUCAUCUACAUUUUUAAAAGGGACACAAUCAUCCAAUCCACAUAAUGAUUAUUGUCAACAUUUUAUAGACACUGGUCAAAGACCACAAAACUUUAUAAGAGAUGUAGGAUUAGCUGAUAGAUUUGAGGAAUAUCCUAAACUAAGAGAAUUAAUCAAAUUAAAGGAUGAUCUAAUUGCGGACACUGCUACACCUCCGAUGUAUCUCAAAACUGAUCUCCUUACUUACAAUUUAAAAGAACUCAAUUGUAAAUUUGAUGUUAUUCUUAUAGAACCGCCAUUGGAAGAGUAUCAAAGAACAUGCGGUGCAACAAACGUACAGUUAUGGAACUGGGAUCAAAUAAUGGAAUUAGACAUCGGUGAAGUAGCCGCUAAUCGAAGUUUUGUAUUUUUAUGGUGUGGAAGUAGCGAUGGUCUAGAUAUGGGACGUUUCUGUCUCCGGAAAUGGGGUUUCAGACGUUGCGAAGACAUUUGUUGGAUUCGUACAAAUAUUAAUAAUCCAGGACACAGUAAGAACUUAGAUAGUAAAGCUGUGCUUCAAAGAACUAAAGAGCAUUGUUUAAUGGGUAUUAAGGGAACAGUGAGAAGAUCUACAGAUGGAGAUUUUAUUCAUGCAAACGUUGACAUCGAUUUGAUAAUAUCGGAAGAACCUGAAUAUGGAUCCAUUGAAAAGCCAGUCGAAAUAUUUCAUAUAAUUGAACAUUUUUGCCUUGGUAGACGAAGAUUACAUUUAUUUGGACGUGACAGCACAAUUAGACCAGGUUGGCUCACCGUUGGACCAGAAUUAACAAAUACAAAUUUUAAUGCUGAUCUCUAUACUGGUUAUUUUUCUAAUGGCCAAAUAACCACAGGAUGUACAGAACGUAUAGAAGCUCUUAGACCAAAAUCCCCACCACCUAAAGGCAAGGUUUCUGGUCGAGGUAGAGGUGGUUUUAAUCGUGGUAGAGGAAGAGGAAGAUGAAUAAAUGUGUAAAACUUCUUUUUAACGAACUACAACAUUUCAAUUUGUAGUUUCUGAUAUAAGAAAUUGUACCUAAGUUGAAUGUGAUUUGUAAAUUGUAUAUGAAGUAUUCAUUUGUAAUACUUACACGUGCAUUUUAACUAAUACUAUCUUAUAAAUGAUCGUAGCUCUUGCUAAAAUAAGUUUUUGCAAGAUAAACAAUACAAUAUAUCAAUAUCUUCUUUCCACUUUUUCUUAAAUAUACGGUCGAGCUAAGCUAAAAAAAAAAAAAGAAAAAAAAAAAAAAAUAAUCUUUUUCUCCAUCUUAUAACUUUGAUUAACAUUAUAUUUAGGAAAAUUAGAAAAUCAUGUUUAAAGAUUACAAACUCUCGUUGUUACAAAAUAUUUAGAUGGUAUGUUUUAUGUGUAUUUACAUUAAAUCAAAAUAUCAUUUUAUAAGUAAUAAUAAUGUAAUUAUAUAGAAAUUAUCAGAUAAUUUCUUUCAAUUUGAUGAAUUUAUUUAAUAAUCACGAAUAAAAUUUUUACACGGGAAUAUAUUUAAUCUGGGAUCAUUCCACUGUGAAGUCUGAAUUUUCCAAAAAAAAAAAAAAGAAAAAAAAAAAGAAAAAAAAAAGAGAAAAAAGAAAAAAAAAGAAUUUAAGAAAGACUUCUUUUUUAUAUAAGGAUAAUUUUAACGCAAUAUUAGAAGUGUGAAUUUUUGUACUGUGUGAUAUAAUAUUAACGAACGUAAUAAAUAUCAUAGAUUUGUUUUAAAGUAAGGUUUUUUAAGAUAUAAAUAAAAUGAAUCUUACGACGAAAGAUUUCAAACAUCAAUCUUUAUGUUAUAAAAAUAAAAGAUCGUCUUGAAAGUAUUAUUGCUUCCUUUCUUGCACAAAUAGUUACCAUUAAUUGUUGGUACAUUAAGUGAAACAAUAGCAUUAUAGCUGAUAAUCAUAAUAAUGUAGAGAAUCGCAAUAUUCCUUUAUAUAAUAUUGUAUUAUGUAUUAUAUAUAAUUAUUGAAAUAUAUUUAAACAUCAUUUAAAGGUAUAUGUAAAUACUGGAAAUCAUCUUAUUAACAAUUCUAUAAUGCUGAAUAAUAAAUGUGUCAUGACUUAUCUUUAAUUUUCAUUUGACGAUACGUUAGUAUAAAUUUAACACAAUUCAUGUGUGAUUGAGAAUUAAUAUUUAAAAACAAAAA